AUGAUAUGGAGUAACACAAUAAAAAAAUUUUUACGAAAGAAUGUUGACCAUUUAGGGAGAAGAAAUUUUUUUAUUUUAUGUGAUAAGCUCAGGUACAAUAAGUUAUAUAAAAAGGAAUACACUGGAUUGGUAAAUAAUGUGCAGAAGAGGACGUACCUACAUUUCGCUCGUACCCUACCAGAAGACUAUGAACUACCACUGGAUACAUUUCCCGAUAAUAUAAAUGAAAUUUUAAAAAAAGAUAAAAAAUCACUUGACUUUAUUCAAAGUUAUUGGUACUGGAAAAUAAGAAGUGAGAGCAAUUUGCUUAACUACGAAAAAUUAAUUAAAAAAUCGUACAAACAGCUGGCCGUUGACAUGGGCAUGCAGAUUGCGAAUCCCGACAACGAGCACAUGUUAGCGUUACUCGAGUUUUAUGAAUACCUUAAAUCAUCGCCAUUUGUUGGUCCAUUUGGUACCAUUGAAAACCCCGUUUUAGUGCCGAGUGUGCACACAGAAAGAGUAGUUUGUUGUACAGGUGGAACUGGAGAAAAUGAGCACGUCCCAUUAUUUUUUCGAUGCAGAGAAGGUUUUUUAUAUCGAUGUGGAGAAUGCGACCAAAUUUUUAUGCACGUGCGUGUGUUAUAUUCAUUGACAGAUGGAAAUGAUCCAUUUCCUAAUGACCCUGAUGUAGAUGAUGUUUUUGAUUUAAACUUAAUUGAAGAGAAUAUGAGUUUAUAUAAUGAUGAUCAGUACGUUCGAUGGCCUACAGGAAAUGUAACCUAUAGGCAAAUGUUUCUACAAGGGAAGUGGGGAAAUGAAAAGCCAAAAAGCAUUUCUUCUUUAAAUUAG